AUGGAAAGAAAACGUCUCAGAAAAGAGCUUGAGAAACUUCUUGGUGACUACGUCAGCACUACUCUUCGAGAAAAGGAAUUUGACCCAAAAGGCAAGAAGGAAUCCUCAUGCCUGGAUGACCUGGCCCAUUAUGAUCUGGCUAUUGGUGUUGCACUGCAAUGGCUUAGUUCUUCCAGUAACAAGGAGGCACUUAAAAAAGAAAGAAUCAAGCUAGCAUUAAAUCAACAUAAAUACCCUAACCGGAUGGAAAGAGAAGCUAUGAUUCUGUCUUCUUUUGCAGGAAUGCUAAUGCAUAGCUUGCCAGUGGAGGAUGUCUUUGAAAUAUAUGGAAGCAAGCCUUCAACAACACACCUGCAUAGUUCUGCCAAGGGUCACUGGAUUCAGCCCUUCAAUCUCUCAUUACAUCCAUUUGCCAUGCUGACAGCACCUCAAGCAGCAAGACAUGCUUUGAAGCAUUGUACCAGAUUUUGCAAGUAUCUAGAUAGAAAUGAAAAUGGUGCAACUGAAGAUCAAAACUCAAAAGUUCUAGCUACAGAUCAUGAGGAAUCUGGUUCUGAAAGACAAGAAACAUCAACUAUCGCUGAGACUGAAGAAGACACAACAGCAAAAACUGAAAGUGAAAUAAAUCCAUAA